AUGCCACUAGAUCAAGAGCAGGAGGUGCAAGAGCAUGUCAAUGGCCAUGCGAUACCGGAACAGAGCCCAGAAGCUUCAUCGGCGAAGAGGAGGCGGGUUAGUCGCUCGGUGUUGCCUACUCGGGUCAGCAGCGCGUGCGAGAGAUGUCGCCAUCAUAAGUCGAGGUGCGAUCCGUUCCGGCCUUGUUCGUUGUGUGUCCGCGCGAAUGUGGAUUGUCGACCGAUUGCGACGCCGGCGCGAAAGGAUAAUUCGCUUAAGGCAAAACCUAAACGACGUCGACCCAAUCUAUCGCGAUCGACUCCUACCGAAGAACCCUGGAACAUCGAUAACGCUCAAAAUGACACGGAACAUCGAGCGACAACCGCACCUGCACCCGCGCCAGCAGCAGAUAGCGAUGCCGCCGCUUCAACAGACAUGAGCCCACCAUCAUCCCUCGACUGUGGCGAAGCGGAAUCGGCAAUAGGCAUUGCGCGCAAGAUCUGCGAAUUGGGCAGCCAACACAUCGACGAACGGACUACAUCUGCUAUACCUGGCUAUCGGGCCAGCACAAGUGCACCUAUCACAUACUCUGCGACCACUGGACAACGGUUGCCGAUAUCUUCGAUUUUGGGUCAGCCGCUACCGCCAAUGAAGCUUGUGGAUGGGCUGUUGGAGGAUUACUUUGAUUCCGUGCAUUGGUUCUCGCUUGUGAUAUAUGAGGCGAAGUUUCGGAGGAAGCUGGCGUCGAUUGCGGAUGGGUUUGCGUACCCGUCGCAGAGGCCUUUCCUUAUACUGUUGACGGUGAUGCUUGGGAUGGCGGCGUGGUAUAGAUCUCAGAGGGGUGGUAUGGAGUUGGCAGAUAACGAUUGGAGAAAGUGGAGUGCGGAUUUGGUCAAGAAUGUCGAGGCGAAUUUGGUGGAGUUGAUGGAUCAACCGUCUAUCACUGCUGCGCAGACGUUUAUUCUGCUUGGGUCGUACCAUGUUUAUCAUGGUCGUCCUAAUCUUUCUUUUUCUUUGUUGGGUGCGACUAUCAAAAUGUCCCAGGCUUUGGGAAUGCACCGGGAGCCUUUGAGAGGAAACUUCGAGGAUAUUGAAGAGAGGAAGAGGGUUUGGUGGACGAUCUACACAUGGGACCGAUUCGCUUCAAUCACCUAUGGAAGACCAUUGGGAAUCAACGACAAAGAUUGCAAUAUCAACAUGCCAGCAGACGUGUGGGAGAAUCCUUCAUUUGCCUCUCCAAGACAAGACCAGAGCUCCAUAUGCUACUCCCCCUAUCAGCGGGAGCUGAACCGUCUCUACUUGAUCGCAUCACCGGCUUUGGAAAUUAUCUUUGGUUCACGCACCUCGAGGACGUCCGAUCAAUUGGUCGGAGACACAUACGCCGCAUUGGUCAAAGAAGCUACUCAAAACCUCCAGAAAUGGCGAAACAGUCUACCAAGCCACUUGGUUCUGGAUCUCAAGCGGGAUUUCCGCUCUGACGGCGGACCAGAUGCAAAAGCGUAUGCUUUGCAGUCGUUAUCGUUGCACCUGACAUAUGACAACGUCCUCAUCGUCAUGCACCGACCAUUGCUAGCACGACAGGUUGACCAUCUCUCUACGACUACAAACGGGCUAUCACCAGGAACGUGUGAAGUAGACCCCAUGACUGCCGCAUCCCCCAAACCGAACCUCUCCCAAACAGCCAGCUCAGACCUCUGGAUGAAUGCGGCAGUACGCACAUCCCGAGUAACAGAACUCCCGGUCCUCGCUCAAUUGGCUACAGACAGCCACCUCGUCGCAUUCCUCGCAAUCAACCUCUUCAACGCCGCCAUCGUCCUAGCCGUAAUGGCACUCUCAGAACCUCUCUCCAACACCGCGCAGGACGUAAAACGCACUAUCACCCGCAUCCUUCGUCUCCAGGACCUACUUGGCAAGCGAUCGGCACUAUCGAAACAGAGCACUACGGUGUUGAAAAAUGUCGUUACGAUGCUUCUCCGUCGUGAAUCAGCGGCUAUGCUGGCCCCAAUCACAGGCGCGAAUCAGUCAACUGGACAGCAGAGCGAUAAAGAUAAACAGCAUCUGGGGGAACCAUGUUGCAUGUCUGUCGAGGACACGCUGCGGUUACCGCUUGAUGCGUCGUUGGAGUUGUCUGAUCCACUCGCGGGGAGUCAGGGGUGGUUGGAUGUUAGUAGGGCUCAUCGAUUGAAUGAGAGUUUGACGUCUGUUCAGUGUGUCAUGGCCCCGGGUGAUGUUCCAAGUGAGCUGCAGUACGUGUCACCGGAACAAACGCAGCCACAAGGUGUUUGGCAGAUACCGGCGGAAUAUGAAUGGAAUGCAACUGGCGCCUCGCCUAGGGGUGUAGAAGACAGCUACAGGGAUGUUGAGAGUGGAUUGUAUUGGUUAUGGGACAUGACAUGGAAUGGAACUGAACAAUAA